GGGGCGUGCUCGGGAAUCGGGUGUUGCCAGACCACCGACAUUCCUAUCCUAGCCAGCAACGUUAAUUUUACGUUGCGAAGGAUGGCGGGGAAUCGGAGUACGGAAGGGGCUACUGGUUGCAGCUAUGCGUCGGUGGUGAAAAAGGAUGCGUUUGAAUUUUCGUCCGAUAUGCUUACCAGAAAAUGGGAAGUCAAAGGAUUGCCGAUGGUGAUUGAUUGGGUCAUCUUCAACGAUACUUGCAGUAAUUCUAGGAGUACUUGCCAAGGUAACACCACAUGUGUCCCUUUUGAAGGUCCUGAUGGGGGAUACAGAUGCGCUUGUGAGAAGGGGUAUGAAGGCAAUCCAUAUCUCCAUCCAGGUUGCCUAGAUAUUGAUGAAUGUGAAAAGGGAAAGAACAACUGCUCCGAAAACGCCACUUGUGAAAAUAAACCAGGCGGGUAUUCAUGCCAUUGCAAGGAAGGUUACGAGGAAGAUGGGGAAGGUGGCUGCCAAUUACCUAGUAAACAUGAAAAAAAUGUGAACGUGAUUGUUUUGGGUGUUUCUUUAGGCACUAUAAUGUUGCUGAUCACUAGUUUUUGUCUAUACUUGGGAUAUCGACGGAGAAAAUCAGUACAGAUAAAAGAAAAAUUCUUUAGGGAAAAUGGAGGAUUCAUUCUGCAACAAAGGAUUGCUCAAGGUGGUGUGUGUUCUGGUACGACAAGAAUUUUCACUGCCGAGGAGCUUAAAAAAGCGACCAACAAUUAUGAUCAAGAUAGAAUCAUUGGUCAAGGAGGCUUUGGUAUUGUCUACAAAGGACACCUUCUUGACGGCCGAAUAGUAGCUGUUAAAAAGGCCAAGAUGAUGGACCCAACUCAAGUCGAACAGUUCAUCAAUGAGGUAAUUGUGCUCUCCCAAAUCAAUCACAGAAAUAUUGUCAAACUCUUUGGUUGCUGUUUAGAGACAGAAAUCCCGUUGUUGGUUUAUGAGUUCAUAAGUAACGGAACAUUGUCCGAGCAUCUGCACAACAAAGAGAAGGCAUCAAAAAUGCCUUGGUUGAUCCGUUUAAAAAUAGCUUCGGAAGCCGCUGAGGUUCUCUCUUAUUUGCACUCUGCAGCUUCUCCACCCAUCAUCCACAGAGAUGUUAAACCAGCAAACAUUCUCUUGGAUAGCGACUACACUGCGAAGGUAUCUGAUUUUGGUGCGUCGAGAUUAGUUCUGCAAGAUCAAACUCAAUUGAUAACUAUGGUGCAAGGAACAUUGGGUUAUCUCGAUCCAGAAUACAUGCAAACCCACCAAUUAACGGAAAAGAGUGAUGUUUACAGUUUUGGAGUUGUCUUAGUGGAGUUGUUAACCGGUAGGAGGGCAGUAUUUUUUGAUGGUCCAGAGGAGGAGAGAAAUUUAUCUCUGCAUUUCCUUUCAUCCUUGAAGGAGAAUCGAUUGUUCAUGAUUCUUGAUGACAACAUUGUAUGCGAAGAAAACACUGAAGAGUUACAAGAAGUUGCUUUGCUUGCAAAAAGGUGCUUAAAUGUGAAUGGGGAGGAUAGGCCAACCAUGAAAGAAGUUGCAGUUGAACUAGGUGGAUUGAGGAGAGCAGCAAAACAUCCAUGGAUUAAUAAUAAUUCAGAAACUUCCAUGGAAUCACAUGCUCUACUUGUUAACCCACCAAUCCCCUUUGAAUAUGAUGCCACCUUUAGUAUGACAACAACAACUGAAUAUGAUAGCUUAAAACAUCAUAUGAAAUUGCCAGUAGCUGCAGGAAGAUAA